UCAGUGAACUUAGAAGAUAUAAAAUUUUAGCCAAACCUAUUUGAUUAAAUGAAGAUUACAGAUUUGCCGUUUGUUCAAAAUAAGAUAUGGAAAGCUAAAGCACGUUGAAACUCUGGAGCUUAAUGAAGACGAGCUUCCGCAUAAAAUAAUGAAUAUCCAUUGAUAUAAGUAUUUUCUAAAGACACACUUUAUAAUUGUCGCUUGUUUCUUUAACUUACAGCAAAAUAGUACAUGUUAAUGCUUAGUUUUAUAUAUGUAAACAGUUUGCAAAGAUUGAAAUAACGCAGAAAUUUGUAAAAAAAGAACAGAAGAAAAGGUUCAAUAUUUCUGCUACAGUGAUUGUAUUGUGAUUGGCCAAGUAAUAAUUCAUACACUUAAAUAUUGCAAAAAAAAUGAAAUAUUUUGACAUCUUUGAUUACACAAUCAUUCGAAAGAAAAACUGGGUUUGUUUGCGAGACCAACUGACGGGACACAAUGCGUUCAACGACUCGACAGGAACCAAACGCAAAAACUUUAAUAGAGUUUAUGGAUGUUGCAACGGAUGAAGUAAAUUCUGCUCUAAAUUCAUCGAAAAUAUCUUCAAAUCAUCGCCUCAAAAACCAUCAGCAAUUCUUGCAACGGCGUGUAAGCUCAACAAAUCCUUGCAUCAACACAAGAAGUCAAGUAAGAACAAGAAAUCCCAUGACUUUAAAGGAAGACGUACAAAAACUCGUACGAGACGCGAUCAAAGAGUUGAAACAUUCUCAUCAUGUCAGAGAGAUGAUUGAAGCCAGCUACAACUGGAAUGAAGAAGGAUUUACAAAGCAAGUUCUCGCCUCCAAUACACCACAACUUAACGUCAACGACGAAAGAUCAAAAUUCAUUCACCAUACCUAUCCUCUAACGCAUUCACCAAUAAUUCCCUCAAGAAUAAACCAAAUACCACAUUGCUACUCACCAGCUCAAACAAGCCCCAUCAAUAACAAAAUGUCGGGCGUCAUGUCACUGCCGAAUUCGGACAACAUCUACGAUUUCAGCUCGCAUAACUCGCUAAGCUCAAACGCUUUCCAAUCAAAUAACACUCAGCUAAAUUUCCCAGCAAAUGAAAUCAAAGUCACAGAAAUGGAUUUGACGAGUUUAUACACCUACGGAGGCAACGAAAAUGCAAGUCCUGGCUUCGACAAAGAAAUUGAUAAUUUUGAUGGAUUUCUAUCUGGCGAAGAGCUUACACAAAAUAUCGACAUUACAGAUUUAUACAUUCCAGAACUAUAUGAACCUCGAUAUCCAACAGUGAACCCUAAAGAAUAUUACAUUGUAGAAAACAAUGUUGAAUUUUCACCGAGUCUAACGACAGAAGAUUUUAUGUUUUAUGACUGAAAUUCAAAAUUGCAUAUAAAUUGGAAGAACAGAACUGACUGUUUACUUUAUGCAGACGACCUUCUACUUCUUUCUCAGUUUAAAUCUGGAUUACAAAAUUGUCUCAACAAACUCAAUAUAGUUUGAGCAAAGACGUUACAGCAGUAACGCAUUUGAAGAUAAGAUUUGCAGGCUUUGUAACACCAAUGAAAUCGGAAAUGAACGACAUCUUAUGUUUUGCACAAAUACAAAAUUGAUCGAUAUAAGGAAAAAUUCAUGGAAAAUCUUUUUAGAAUAAAUAGAUCUUUCCAAACUUUUACUGGAGAGACUUUGUUCAUUUACUUAAUGUCAAUGAAGGACAACUCAACUAAUGAACUAACAGGGAAGUUCUGCUUUGACAUGUUAAACGCAUUUGUUUAUAGAAAUAGUCGGUAAACAGAAUUAACUCCAAUAUAAUUUAUUAAACCCAAGGACUGAUUAUUAUCUUUAAAAGAUGUUAUGUACUAUACACCUAUUGUGGUGUCUUUGUCAUUGUUUUUGUAAAUAUCAUCAAACAGUUCUGAAAAAUGUAAUAGCUUGAAGGAUGAUUUACAAUAAAUAACUAUAAACGCGUUAGAUGCACUGAGGAAGAAA